AUGCUUUCAUCAUCGUUGUUGAUGAUAAUUUGUUUUUAUGGAGCAACUGUACAAAAUGUAGACGGUUGGGGUGCAGUUGGACAUAGUCUUGUUGCUAGCCUAGCUCAGAGUCAAUUGACUGCUGAAGCAUCUCAAUGGGUGAAAUCUCUCGUCCCAUGGUACUUAUCAGGUAAUUUGACUGCUGUAGCAACGUGGGCUGAUAGUAUUCUCUACCCGGAUACGAAUCCGUUUGAUCAUCCUAAUUGGCAGUGGAGUCGUCAACUACACUAUCUUAAUACACCAUCUUGGGUCUGUAGUUAUGAUCCAUCGAGAGAUUGUAUCAAUGAUAUCUGUAUUGAGGGUGCAUUGAGAAAUUAUUCAAAACGUGUUAUUGAUGCAAAUUUCGACGAUAUUCAACAUAAGGAAGCGCUCAUGUUUCUGGUCCACUAUGCUGGCGAUGUUCAUCAGCCGUUGCAUGUUGGUUUUCAAACAGAUCUCGGAGGCAAUUCUAUCAAAGGCUACUUUAUGAAUCAAACAUUUCAAACGAAUCUUCACUCAUUAUGGGACAGUGGGCUCAUCAGUAUUCGAUUGUCUCGUGAUUAUGGAUCGAAUAUCACAAGUUAUUAUGAACAUAUUUAUUCAUUGAUGCUUGAGCAAGGAUCAACAAGUAACAAUGAGGACUUCAUUCAAUGGAUUCAGGAAAGUUUAAAACACGUUUGUCAACAAAUCUAUUUGGAUGAGAGUAAUAUGAUAAUGAACGCAUCAGUUAAUUUCACAUUAGGCAAUAUCUACUAUGAAAGAAAUAUCGGGAUCAUUGAACAACGUCUUGCUCAAGGAGGUCGCCGACUUGGCACAUUACUCAAUCGUUUAGCCGCUGAUCGUUUGACAAUAUCAUCACGAUGCGACAAAUUGUGCUCGAACAUGAACAAGUUAAUUACGAUGUUAAUUUGUAUACUUGCGAGAACCCUGAUGUCCUAG